GGUUAUGGAAGAUAUGGGAAACAGGGAAGAACGUUCACAGAAAGAACAAGAGCACUCUCAGGAAAAUCGCUUCAUGGUUUUUCAUUCCACUGGCCUCCACUCAACUAUGGCCACGAAGAGCUUUAAAUUCCAAGAUUAUUUUUACACUAGAGCACCUUCGAAUACACAACGACUCGACAAAUAG